AUGAAAUCUGAGGGGCCUUAUGUCGAUCAAUACUUUGACUUUGUAGAAAAGAUCGGCAAGGGCUCCAAUAGCACAGUUUUCAAAGUAAUCGAAAAGAGAACGAAGAAAGUUCUCGCUUUGAAAAAGCUCAAGCCUAGAGUUAAAACCAAAGAUGAGCCAGACUUCGAAAUUGCUGCCCAUUGCGUUCUAAAAGAUGAAAAUAUCGUCAAACUUAAUGGAAAAUUCGUUUGUAAACGAGAUUCGUCAACUUACUUAAUAUUUGAUUACUACGAUUAUGAUUUAUUCUCUGUCAUUCAUGACAAUUCUUCAAAACAACUCAGCAAAGAUUUAAUUAAAUCUUUAUCUUUUCAACUUCUCAAAGCUGUCGAUUGCUGUCAUAAGCACAAUGUUUUACAUCGAGAUAUCAAGCCAGAAAACAUUAUGAUUACAAGAGAUGGCGUUUUGAAACUCGGAGAUUUUGGAUAUGCUUUUAAAGGCGAUCCUUCUCUCAAAAAGUCCACAAAUGUUAUUACACCUUCUUACAGGCCACCUGAAAUAUUACUUGGAGACCAGUAUUACUUAUUUCCAUCUGAUAUUUGGUCAGUUGGCUGCGUUAUUUAUGAAUUACUCACUGGGAAAGCUCUUUUCAGACCAGAAAACUUCACCGUGGAAUCCCAGUUGGAUAAAAUACUCUCAAUUAUCGGAACUCCGUCAAAUGAAGAAAUUAAAACGAAAUUUAGUGUUGCAGUUCCAACAAACAUCAAUCAUUAUGAUUCUUGUCUUCACAAUUACCUUAUUAACGAAAUCUCUGAUGAAUUUUCAGAAUUUCGUGAACUUUUGGAAAAAAUAUUAAUAUUUAACCCAGAAAAUCGUCUUACGGCCUCUCAACUGUUGCAAUUACCCAUAUUUAGUGGUAUUACCGUUGAAAGGAUCCCAAUUACCUUCUUUGUUUCUCAAAAUUCGAUUUCUCCAAAUUUAUCUUCUCCGGAAAUCAAAUAUUCCGGAAUAAUUCGGCCUCAACUUCCAAAGUUGGUUCUUGCCGAAUAA